GCAAUAGUAGUGUGGUAUUAUAGUGUGGCGUAGUACUUUUCGUACGUAUUUUUCUUUGUUCAUUAUUUUGAACUUUUAUAGAUUUCCAAGUUUUUUUUAAAAAUUAGAUAGUUUUAUUGAAUGUCUCCAUGUCUAAACGACCUUAUAGCUGCCUUAGUGGUUAUCAAGAACAUCAAAACGUUUAUAAUAAACGAAUGCAUUUAGUACCACAAAACGACGAGUCCAGAUCAGGUUACGAUAGUGAAACGGACGAUGGAGAAGAUUCAGAUGAUUAUGCGAUGCCACUUGGCAUCCCAAUCGUAUCUAGUGAAGAUGGCCGACGGUUGGUUGAAUAUAAACCAUCAAACCACUCCAUCAAUAAGGGUCGCUGGACCAAAGAAGAGGAUAUGAGGCUAAAGCAACUUGUAGAAGAAUAUCAAGAACGAUGGGAUCUCAUUGCCCAACAUUUUAACGAUCGCUCAGAUAUUCAAUGCCAACAACGAUGGCACAAAGUUGUGAAUCCCGAUUUAGUAAAAGGGCCUUGGACAAAAGAAGAAGACGAAACUGUAUUGGAACUUGUAGAAAAAUAUGGACCCAAAAAAUGGACUCUAAUUGCACGACAUUUAAAAGGCCGAAUAGGUAAACAGUGUCGUGAACGAUGGCAUAAUCAUUUGAAUCCAAAUAUAAAGAAAAGUGCAUGGACAGAUGAAGAGGACAGAAUAAUAUUUAGGGCACAUAGUCAAUGGGGGAAUCAAUGGGCUAAAAUUGCAAAAUUGUUACCAGGAAGGACUGAUAAUGCUAUAAAGAAUCAUUGGAAUUCAACUAUGCGGAGGAAAUAUGAAAUAGACGAUAAAGGAGAAGUAUAUGGUAGGAAUAUGUUGAAGCCUAAAACAAAAAGUAUCAGAGCUCCAAUGGAAUGCAGAGAAGAAUCUAACAAAAGUCAUCCUAAUAAAUCACAAGUUAAUCAAUCAGAGUACAUAACUAUUGAUGUUCCAUCACAAUAUUACAGUUGGAUGCCUCCAAAAUAUAUUCCAGACGAUACUCAGUCUAAAUCAGAUCCUGAACAAGAUGUCCGGGAUAAAGCUGAAGUUGUUGCAGCUGCAGAAGUUUUGAAUUCUUUGUCAACACCUCAAAAGAAAAAUGAAAUUAAAAUUAAAGAUGUGUUCAAAAUUAACUAUAAAUUAGAGUCUCCGCCAAGACCCGCUUCUGUACCCUUGCAAACCAAUUCACCGUCAUGUUAUUCACCAUACAGAUUAUUUGAGACUGGAGGUUUUAUUGAAACUCAACAAACUAGUAAUAGUGUUGUAGGUAGUUCUCCCGAUGAAGGAUAUGCAGAACUUCAUCUUGUUACCCCUACAAAGACACCAAAAAAAGAAAUUUGCCCAGAACUUUUUAUAGAUUAUCAGUAUGAUGCUGUUACUCCUAAUAAACCAAAUCUAUACUCACCAACCAAUAAAGUUACUCGGCGGCGUAGGAGUUUUUCAGAAUAUUCUGAAAUUGGCUUGAAUUUACAAUGCAGUACUAUUUUGUCAGGCUUGAGCAUACCUGGAACGCCUGAAAAACGAACACCAAUAAAACAACUACCGUUCAGUCCCUCACAAUUUUUAAAUAGUCCAUCAUUAUCAUUUGAUGUUAAUUCGUCUUCAACACCUGUCAGGCGUCUAUUACCUAGUUGUAGUAGUAAAACCAAUGAAGAUAUUAGUGAUCAAACAAUAAAAUCUGAAACCUUAGUUACACCAAAUUUAACUUAUAAAUUUGCUGGAAGGAGUCGCGAUGAUGUUAAGACUCCAGAAACAAUGCAUAGAAUAAAUACUCCUCACACACCUACACCAUUUAAAAUCGCCCUUGCCGAGGCUGGCCGUAAAAUGGGUGUAAAACAUUUAGUUCAAUCCCCAUCAGCUUUAAUUGAGGAUAUAACUGAUUACAUAAAGCAAGAAGAUAGAGUUAAAAAAGAAUCAGAAUUCUCUGAUUCCCAGUAUGAAACCGAUAGCUCUAAUAUGUUUUGUGAUACUAACGACACAGUUGCAUGUGGAAAAGAAAAUGCAGAACCUCUUUCACCUACACCUCAAAAAAAAGCAAGAAAAUCCCUAGCACCAGUAUGGGCUUCUCCAACAGCUUCUUGGAAUCAGCCUAUUGACUCAUCUUCAAGAAGGGAAACAGAUGCAGAAGAUGUUUAUUCGACAAAUUUAGUUGAUGAAACCAGAAACAUAUUUACAUCUGAAGAAUAUUCAGCUUCAAAGGUAUUUGGGUGAGUAGGUCAUGAAAAAACCUAGUUCUUUUUACUCUUUAAAUUAUUGCACCCUUAGAUCAAUUAGGAUAAAUUUAAAGCAAUAGUUUAGCACCUCACUUUUGAAUACUUAGUUUCAAUCACUCAAUUAUUAUGUCGAGAGUAUUUUUAACGAUGUGCAAAGAUGAGUAAAGUUAUGUUUGAAAGUCCACAUUUUAUGAUUAUACAUGGGUAUGCAAGUGAAUGGGAGUAACAUAUUUUUUAGAUUCGGAUUAUUCUUUUAUAUUAUACACAAAAAUUAUAUUGAUUUUAAAAUGUUUAAUUCAAUUUUAAAAAAAAUUCAUUCAUUCAAAUGGUGUAUUAGCAAAAGCACUUGAUUCUCAUAAUCAUUACAAUUUAUAAAACUUUAAAAGUGCAAAGUUUUUUCAAAAAUAUCAGCAGGUACCUAGUAGAUUUAAUAGAAGUAAGAAUUAAAAAAAACCUACAUGCAUUACUUCUUAAAAAUUGUAUGAAGUUGUUGAAUGAAUUUAUUGCUCAUUUUUAUAAAUAUUAAAGCAUUAAAUAAUAUUGUUCUGACCUUAAGUUAUGUUAUUAUUAUAUUAUAAAAAUUGGAUAAAGAAAUAUAUCUAGACUGUGUCCAAUUAAUAAAUUGGAGGAAUUAUUUUAAUGAGUAAAAUGCAUUGAGCUCAAGGGCUCUCUCAAAUUUUGUUAGAAUUUCCAGUGAAAAAAUAAUUUUAUUGUUUUUAUAAAACGUUUAAUAUAGGUAUUUGUGUCUUCUAUGUUUCUUUAUUGUUACACAUGUUUUAGUGGAAAUGAGAAGUGAUCUAUUAAGUAUAAUUUGUUCACUUUGUUAUAUUAUUCACUACACACAGUAUUUGUAGAGCACAGUAGUGCAAUUAGAGCAAUUUUGUUUGAUUGUUAAAUGUAUUGUUAUUAUUUUUAUUUUAAAUUGGGAUUUAAGAGAUCGUUGCACAACCUGUAAUUUUUUCACAAUUAUGAUAUUGCACAUGACAAACUUAUGGAAACAGUAUUCUCAAAAGCUUUACUAAUUUUACACAAUGCUUAGGGAAAAUGUUAUCUCAUGGAGAUUUUUUUAUAUAACUUAUUUUUUAGAAUAUCUAAAUCAUUCAUUCGUAAAGUUAUUAUUAUUUUAAUUAAUUUAUUGUAAACUAGUGAAUAUUGAUAACAAAAAAAUAAAAACUAUGAGAAUGAUAAAUGUUUUAUAUAUUGUGAAAAUUUGGUAAAUCUGCAAUAAAUACUUUAAUUGUAAGUUUGUCCUGUAUGAAAUCAUUUUGUCCAUAUAAUCUUGUAGUUACUUAUCCAUUGAUGUGGGACCACUUUUUAAAUACUUUGAAUCAGUGUUGAAAUAUAUUAAAGAUUUAAAAUUUUGAAUCCUUAUCAAAAUGAUAUUAAAAUUGUCUAUAUUGUACCCCUUAAAUAAUGGUUGUGUGGCGUCUUCUUAAUUUAUAAGGGUAAAUAUUAACAAUAUUUUCUUUUAUUCUAAAGAAAAUUGAAUACCUU